AGCCAGGAAACAUAAUUCUAACAUUCAUAAAAACUGAUAGUACAAUGAGGCACGUUCUUCAAGUCCUUUUCCUUAUUCUUACACUUAGAGUUGUUGCUACCCACAACUUGUAUUUUCUCCUCCUCUACUUGUCUUCCACAAUUUCCAUUCUGUACACCCAUCCAUAACUCCAUUACAUAUCAAGAUAUACCCAAAAACACCAAUUUCCCUUUCUUUCCUUUAGUCUAGUCUUUUUUCCAUUUAGUUCAACGACCAAAAUCAUGACUACAUGCAUUUCGGCCAUGUAACAACAUCAUUCGCAUUCAAGUACCUAAAAUUUCAUCAUGUAUUCCAAAGGAGAAAAACCCUUUUACAUUUUCUUCCUUCUCAUGCUCCUUGCAUCCACCAUUUUAGCACAAGCUCCACCAACACCUAAAUACACCCCUAAAGACAUAAUCCGAAUCGCCUGUGGCGCAGAGCAAGACGUCUCAAUCCCAGAUGGUAGAUCAUUUAAAUCCGACCCAUCAACCGUCAGCUUCCUAAGUAGCGACGAGGAUGUCAAGGCCACCAUUGCAAAACUCCCCCCACCACCAAAAUCAGAUGUCUCGCCUCUUCGUCUACCACCACCUCCACCAUUACCACUCUACAAAUCAGCUAGAAUCUUCCCUUCAGCAGCAUCAUACAAAUUCCCCAUCUCUUCCCCUGGUUUUCACUUGAUCAGACUCUACUUUUUCCCCCUUGAUCACCCAUCAUACAAUCUCACAAACUCUGUUUUUCGAGUAACAACCGAUAAUUUUGUACUCCUACAUGACUUCACAAUCCCCGAUCCUACCCAAAUCUUUAAGGAAUACAUCCUUAACAUCACUACAAACACCCUUACACUCAAAUUCUCUCCCAAGAAAAACUCUUAUGCAUUCAUUAAUGCAAUCGAAAUCAUCUCCGUACCUAAUGAUCUUAUCUCCGAUACAGCCUCCACAAUCCCAUCAACAGGCAACAUAGAAGGAGUAGCCCUCCAUGCCUUAGAAAUGUACCUAAGAUUGAACAUUGGUGGGCCCCUUGUGAGUCCAAAAAAUGAUACCUUAUGGAGGACAUGGUACCCUGACGGGAAGUUCAAUGCUUUCCCACAAGGAACCGCGAAUGCUGGGAUCGAACCAUCUAAGAUAGACUACCCUUCUGGGGGCGCUACAAGGUAUAUUGCACCUCCAUGGGUGUAUGCAACAGCAGCUGAAAUGGGGGAUGCUGAUACUAUUGAUGCUAAUUUUAAUCUUACUUGGAAAAUGCCAGUUGAUCCUUCUUAUGAUUAUCUUAUUAGGCUUCAUUUUUGUGAUGUUGUGAGUACUACUUUGAAUGAUUUGUACUUCAAUGUUUAUGUUAAUGGUAUGAUGGGUGCUCCAAAUGUUGACUUGUCUUCCCUUACUUCAGCUUUAGCUACUGCAUAUUACAGGGACUUCGUAAUCAACUCCACAGAAAUCACAAAUGGACUAAUCACAGUCCAAGUAGGGCCAACCCCAAACAGUCCAUCAAGCGAUCCAAACGCAAUUCUUAAUGGGGUGGAAUUGAUCAAAAUGAGCAAUUCCGCAGGCAGUCUAAGUGGUCUAUUUGAUGUAAACGGGAACUACAUGGGUGCUGCCACAAGAACUAAAACCAUGAGAAUCUUAGCAGUGGUUGGACUAGUUAUAGGUGUGGUGGCUCUACUAUUAGUACUAACCAUGUUUGUAAGGUGGCACAAACGACCUCAAGAUUGGGAGAGAAACAAUAGCUUCUCUUCAUGGCUUCUUCCCUUAACAUCUUCACACACCAGUUUCCUUUCUAGUAAAAGCUCUAUGACUUCCUCUAAGAAGAGCACAUUUUUUGGGUCUCGAAAAAGCAGCAUGUUUCCCUCUACUAAUCAAGGUGUAGGGAAAUUUUUCGGGUUUAGUGAAUUGCAAGAUGCUACCAACAAUUUUGAUGAGAAUGCUGUGAUUGGAGUGGGUGGAUUCGGUAAGGUGUACAUGGGACAAUUAGAUGAUGGCACGAAAGUUGCAAUUAAGAGAGGCAAUCCGCAAUCUGAACAAGGUAUAAAUGAGUUUCAGACGGAGAUUCAGAUGUUGUCACAACUUAGACACCGGCAUCUUGUGUCUCUUAUUGGGUAUUGUGAUGAGCAAUCGGAGAUGUGUUUAGUGUAUGAAUACAUGUCUAAUGGUGUUCUCCGCGAGCAUCUUUAUGGGGCGAAGCUUAAGACCCCAUUGCCGUGGAAACAAAGGCUUGAGAUAUGUAUUGGUGCAGCUCGCGGGUUGCAUUAUCUUCACACCGGAGCGGCUCAUUGUAUUAUACAUCGAGAUGUUAAAACAACAAAUAUUCUCCUAGACGAGAAUUUUGUGGCCAAAGUCAGUGACUUUGGCUUGUCUAAAGCGGCUUGUCUAAUGGAGCAAACUCAUGUGAGCACAGCCGUAAAGGGUAGUUUUGGAUACCUUGAUCCAGAGUAUUUCCGAAGACAACAGCUUACUGAGAAAUCGGAUGUGUAUUCUUUUGGAGUAGUUCUUCUCGAAGUCUUAACAGCACGACCUGCUAUUAACCCAGCAUUGCCUAGGGAUCAAGUGAAUUUGGCGGAGUGGGCUAUGUCGAACUACAGAAAGGGACUUCUUGAGAAAAUAGUCGAUCCCAAUUUGCAAGGAACGAUAAAUUCUAGCUCGUUGAAGAAGUACAUUGAAGCAGCCGAGAAAUGCUUGGCAGAGUACGGUGUUGAUAGGCCUUCGAUGGGAGAUGUGUUGUGGAAUUUAGAGUACGCGUUGCAGCUCCAAGACACGAGCUCUAGGACCGAUGCACAUGAAGAUAAGAGCUCGCUGUUGAUCCCGUUAGAAACGAUACCAAUAAUGGGUGUAAAUGUAGGAGAUAUUAGUAAUGUUCCUACAAGUGAUGAUCAUACAGAAGUUGGUGCAUCUGCCUUCUCACAAAUUGCAAACUUUCAAGGGAGGUAAAAUAUGCAUUACGUACAUGGGAUUUAUAUAUCCAUGACAUGUUAACAUUUCAUUUCGAUCAAAAUUGGGUGCAUUUAUGUAUUUCUUAGGUUGACUUUGAAACAUAAAGGAUGGUAUAGAGGAACUUUUUUCUGAUAUUCAAAGAUUGGGAUGAAUAGCUUACAUUUAUAGCAACACAUUUGUGUAGUGUGAAACUUUUUAAUUUGUUUGUAAUUUUUUUGUUUUUUGUCAUUUUUUUUUAAUGUAAUUUGGGCAAAUCUUCAUAGAGUAAAAUCAUCUCUAUUCCUACUC